AUGACUUUUGCAGAACUUUUAGAGCAGGUCGGCAGUAUGGGCCGUUUCCAAAUUAUCCAUGUUACGUUACUGGUCCUGCCAAUAUUACUGAUAGCCAGCCACAACAUCCUGCAGAACUUUACCGCUGCUACCCCUGGGCACCACUGCCAUAUUGCCAUUGUUGCUAACUACACUUGUGAUGACAACUUUACUGACGUCCUAUAUUGCCAGGAGCUCCUCAGGAUCACCAUCCCCGUGGAUGGGAACCAGCAACCGGAGAAGUGUCUCCGAUUCAUCUCCGCCCAGUGGCAGCUCCUAGACCCAAAUGCCACAACAACCAAUGGGACUGAAAUGGACACGGAGCCCUGUGUGGAUGGAUGGAUAUAUGACAAGAGUGUUUUCACCUCCACCAUCAUCACCGAGUGGGAUCUGGUGUGUGGCUCACGGACAUUGAAACAGAUGGCUCAGUCGAUCUAUAUGGCUGGAGUCCUGGUGGGAGCGAUUGUGUUUGGAAGUCUCUCUGACAAGUUUGGACGGAAGUCACUCUUGAUCUCGUCCUGUCUGCAAAUGGCCAUCACCGGCUCUUGCGCUGCUUUCUCAUCUAACUUUAGCAUGUACUGCGUUUUCCGCUUCCUGACUGGAAUGGCUCUGUCGGGGAUCAACCUCAACUGUGUGUCCCUCUCUGUGGAGUGGACCCCCACCAAACUCCGGGCAGCAGUUGGCAUGGUGACAGGAUAUAGCUACAGCAUCGGGCAGUUCAUUCUGGCUGGGCUAGCCUAUGUCAUCCCGGAUUGGCGCUGGCUGCAGCUGGCUGUUUCGGUGCCCUAUUUCAUCUUCUUCUUCUAUGGCUGGUGGUUCACAGAGUCAGCCCGCUGGCUUGCAACAGCCGGCAAACUGAACCAGGCAUUAAAGGAGUUGCAGAAAGUGGCACGAAUAAAUGGGCGAAAGGAAGAAGGGGACAAACUCAGCGUAGAGGACUUGAGAGCCAGCCUGCAAAAAGAAAUGUCCUCAGCCAAAUCCACCCACACAGCUGCCGAUCUGGUGCGCACACCGUCUGUACGCAGGAUAUCCUGGUGCCUGUGCUUCGUAUGGUUCUCCACCAGCUUUGCCUAUUAUGGGCUGGCCAUGGAUCUGCAGAAUUUUGGGGUCAGUAUUUACCUCAUCCAAGUGGUAUACGGAGCUGUCGACAUCCCUGCAAAGCUGAUUGGUUUCUUCAUGAUCAGUUUCAUUGGCCGGAGAGUCACCCAGGCUUCUGCUCUCAUCCUAGCAGGGCUUGCGAUCCUGGCCAACAUAUUUGUGCCACAAGAUCUGCAGACCCUGCGCACUCUUCUGGCUGUGUUUGGAAAAGGUUGCCUGGCUGCCUCAUUCAACUGUGCCUUCCUCUAUACGGGAGAGCUCUACCCCACGGUGAUUAGACAGACCGGAAUGGGGUUUGUGAACACCCUGGCUCGGGUGGGCGGCAUAGUGGCCCCGCUUGUGCAAAUGACCAGUGAGUACUUGCCGUCCCUGCCGCUGAUCAUCUAUGGAGCUGCCCCUAUUGUAUCCGGCAUCGCCACCUGCUUCCUCCCUGAGACCCGUAACAUGCCAUUGCCGGACACCAUAGAAGACGUCGAGAGGCAGAGAAGGUCCAGAGUGAUUACAGAUGUAGGACGGAAAGAUAAGGUUCCGCUGAAAGCCUCCAGAUUGGAGCCACUCAAGGAAAUCAUUUAA